ACAGGUGAAUGGAGGAUGUGACAGACCUUCACGCACCCCAGUUGUCACCCUGGUGGUUUUGCCACUCCCUUAUAAAGAAUGGUGGUGUCCUGAGAUUGUUCACCUGGUCUUCUUCCUCCCUUGGGCCUAAAGUCCCUGUGGUUUCACCAAAGCUCAGGGUUUUGAACUGAGCCCUGGAUCCUAUGGAGUGUUGCCCAUUUCUAGCAACUGACGGGGGGCUUGUGGUUUUUACAGAUGUGGCCAUACACUUCUCCCGGGAGGAGUGGGGGCUCCUUGACGAGGCUCAGAGAAGCCUGUACCACAGUGUGAUGCUGGAGACCUUGGCACUUUUGUCAUCACUAGGUUGCUGGCACGGAGCCCAGGACGAGAAGGUCCCUUCAGAGCAAGGUGAUUCUGUAGGAGGGUCACAGGUCAGGACUCCAAAGUCAGGCCCACCCACCCAGAAGUCCCAGCCUUGGGAGCCCUGUAGCUUGCUCUGGAAAGACCUUUUGCGCUGGGCUGAGCAUGAUGGAACACGCCCUGAGCAAGGCCUGCGCACUUAUGAGGAAAAGCAUUUGCAGCACCAAAAGCAACAAAUUAGAGAGAAACUUUCCAGAAGCGGUGAGGGGAGGCCUCCGUUUGUGAAGAACUGCAGAGGUCACGUGACAGAGACAAGCUUACACAGGGAUGGUGGGAACGCCAUCCCAGCCAGCUCCGGCCUUCUCCAGCCACAGGUUCUUCAUGUUGUAGGAAAGCCACACUGGGACACAGGAGGUGGAGAGGCCUUUCAGAAUGAGCAGAAUUAUUGUAAGUGCACCCAGUGUGGGAAAACCUUCAGCCGUAAACAUAUACUUGUGGACUGUGAGAAAAGCCCCAGCAGAAGAAAGCUUUAUGAGUGCCGGGAAUGUGGGAGGGCCUUCCUCCGAAAGUCCCACCCCCGUCAGCACCUGAAGGGCCAUGACGAGGAUCGGCUUUAUGAGAACCCAGAAUGUGGGAGAUUCUUCACACAGGUACCUGGCCUCCGUGACCACCAGGGUAUUCGCAGCAGGCCGAGGCCUUUUGAGUGCGACCAAUGUGGGAAGGGUUUCCUUAGACUUCCCCAACUUGUUGGUCACCAGAAAAUCCACACGAGAGAAAGACCUUAUGGUUGUAGUGAAUGUGGAAAAUUUUUUAGGAAUCGCUCCACGCUCGUUAGACACCAGAGAGUUCACACUGGUGAAAGGCCACAUGAGUGCAGCGAAUGUGGGAAAGCUUUCACCCGCAAACAUAAACUUGCUGAGCACCAGAAAAUCAGCAGCGAAAAGCCUUAUGAGUGCAGUGAAUGCGGGAAAGCCUUCAGCCGCAAAGACAAAGUCGUUGAACACCAGAAAAUCCACACUGGAGAGAGGCCUUAUAAGUGCGGUGAGUGUGGAAAAGCCUUCAGCCGCAAACAUAAACUUGCCGAGCACCAGAAAAUCCACACUGGAGUGAGGGCUUUUGAGUGCAGAGAAUGUGGAAAAUUCUUUAUGGACAGCUCCUCGCUCAUUAUUCAUCAGAGAGUUCACACUGGAGAAAGGCCUUAUGAGUGCAACCAAUGUGGGAAAUUCUUUAGGUACCACUUCACACUCAUUCGACACCAGAGAAUGCACGCUGGAGAAAGGCCUUCAGUUGCAGUUCCGCGCUCACUGGACGUCGGGCAGAUCACAGUGGAGAAAGGCCUUCUUACUGUAGCAGGUGUGGGAAGUUUCUGUGCUACGACUCCAGUCUCACUGCACAACGGAGAGUUCACACGGAUGUGAGAGUCCUUACGAGAACUGCAAAUGUGGGGACAUCUUCACUCACAGCUCUGGCCUCGUUAAACGCUGUCAAGUUUGCAGCAGCGGAGAAAUGCCUUAUGAGUGUGGUGGAUGUGGGAGAGUCUAGAGAUUUAUGUCAUUUUACACUAAUUUGCAUUUCUUUAAUUUUUCUAUAUACUUGGAAUCCUACAGGCUACUUUUGCACAGCUGCUUUUCAUUCUAUUUUUGUAUAAAUGGACUCCUAAAGUGUAUCCUCGUACAGCUAAUUUGAGAGUUAUCCCUCUUGUGUCCAUUCCUUUUUAUCGCUGAGUGGUCUUCUAUUGGCUGUGUAUGACACAGUGUGUUUAUCUUGCUGACCUACUACCAGAACGGAUGUUAUACGUAAAUACCUGAGAAGGGGGUGUUGCUCACAGCUGAAUGUUUAACUUUUAAGAAUUAGCCAAAUUGGUUUCCAGUGUGAAUGUGCCAUCUUAUACUCCCACCAGCUCUUCAUCAGCAUUCCAUUUGGAACACCUCUUUGUCAACAAUAAGUAUAGCCGGUCUUUUUUAAGUUAAAAUAAGUGUAUCAUAGUCUUACUUAAUCUGCAUUUCUAUAAUAAUUUGUGGUACUCCUUUUUUAAGAUUUUAUUUAUUUAUUUGACAGAGGUCACAAGCAGGGAGAGAGGCAGGCAGAGAGAGAAAGGGGG